AUGUUCGCCAACUCUCUUCGACAAGGUCUUCGAACUGCUUCUCGUUCUUCAGCGAGAGCGUUCUCCACUCUCCCUGCUCGGGCUGCUACCAGACCUUCUCUUGGAGCUGGUGUAGCCAUGGGUGCUGCUAUUGCUGGAUAUGCCAUGUACGAGGUUUCCAAAUCUCCCUUACUCCUCGAAUCUAAGACUAUCGCAGGGGAGAAAGGUACCGCUUCCGAGCGAUCUUUCGUUAUGAUCAAGCCCGAUGGUGUAUCCAGACAACUCGUUGGAAAGAUCAUCUCUCGAUUUGAAGAGAGAGGCUACAAGCUUGUUGCUGUCAAAUCCCUUACACCUUCUCCUGCUCUUGCUAGAGAACAUUACUCUGAUCUUUCCGCUAGACCUUUCUACAACGGUUUAGUCAAAUACAUCACUUCUGGUACUCCCGUAGUUGCCAUGGUUUGGGAAGGUAAAGAUGUUAUCAAACAAGGUCGACGAAUCGUGGGAGCUACUAACCCCCAAGAUGCUGAUCCCGGAUCUGUAAGAGGUCAAUAUGCGGUUUCUGUCGGUCGAAACCUCAUCCACGCUUCAGACGCCUUUGACUCUGCCACUAAGGAAAUUGGACUUUGGUUCGCUCCCGAAGAACUCAGUGAUUACGAGCCUAUCGCUUGGCCUUGGGUUAUGGCUGACAACUAA